ACCCAUCAAAGACACGGCAUAUUGUCAACCACCAAAGAUGGCACCGCCAAGAUACGAAUCCGCCGAUGUUGAUCCUGCCCCUCUGGGCAAGCCGCUCAGGUUUGAAUUUUCAGGCAAGACGGCGCCAAACCGAUUUCUCAAGGGCGCCAUGACGGAGCGGCUCUCCUCCUGGGACCCCAAGAAGUUCGAGGUCAGGGGUGUUCCCUCCAAAGAACUGGUGAAUGUAUACAGGCGUUGGGGAGAGGGGGAAUAUGGCGUACUUCUGACCGGCAACAUUAUGAUUGAGUAUGACCAGCUUGAGGCUGCUGGUAACCCCAUCAUCCCUAGGACAGCUGAGUUCUCUGGAGAGCGCUUCGAGGCUUUCAAGCAGAUGGCCACCGAAGGAAAGAAGCAUGGCUCUUUGAUGGUCGGCCAAGUGAGCCAUCCAGGAAGGCAAUGCGAGAACAAGAUUCAGCCGAACCCGGUAUCUGCAUCUGAUGUCCAAUUGCAGGGCAAUGUCAUGGGGAUGAACUUCAACAAGCCACAUGCCGCGAGCCAAGAGGAGAUUGACAGAAUUGUCGAUGGUUUUGCUCAUGCUGCUGAAUACUUGGAGAAGGCCGGUUAUGAUGGAAUCCAGCUACAUGGAGCCCACGGCUACCUUUUGGCGCAAUUUCUUUCACCAACCACUAACAAACGUACUGAUAAAUAUGGCGGUUCUUUGGAGAACCGGGCGCGGCUGAUUAUCGAAAUCGGCCAAGAGAUCCACAAGAGGACCAGCCAGAGCUUUGUCGUUGGUAUCAAACUCAAUUCUGUGGAGUUCCAAGAGAAGGGAUUUGAACCAGAGGAGGCCAAGACGCUCUGCGCACUCUUGGAGGAGCACAAGUUUGACUUCGUCGAACUUUCUGGUGGUACUUACGAGCAACUCGCGUUUGUUCACAAGAGGGAAUCUUCCAAGAAGCGUGAGGCAUUCUUUAUGGAGUUUGCUGAUUUGAUCGCCCCUGUCCUUUCGAAGACAAAGACGUAUGUCACGGGCGGUUUCAAGACCGCUGGUGCAAUGGUAGAUGCCCUCAAAUCAGUUGACGGUAUUGGCAUUGCCCGUCCAACUACUCAGGAACCUCGCUUCGUCAAGGAGCUUCUGGAGGGCAAAUUCAAGGGCGCCAUCCACCAGCGAGUUGAUCCGGAGAAUUUCGGUGUAACCAAUGUCGUCGCCGGUACUCAGAUCCGCCAGAUUGGGAAGGAUCAGGAACCGAUUGACAUGAGCUCUGAAGAAAACGAGAAGGCCUUUAUGAAAGACAUGGGUGAAUGGGCAGAGAUGAUGGCCAAAGAUUCCGAGAAGCUGAAGUACGGUUACAUUGACCUGACUAGUUCAUCCCCAGUCCCUUACGGAACCCCUUCAGUUUAAAGAAUAGGUCAAGCAAAGCGAUGACUUACGCGGUAUAUUAGGAUAGAGUCCAAAAUGUUUUACAUUAGCUGCACAGAUGAUAGUAAUGAACUUAUACUCCUGAAGGAGCAUCAUAGCC